GUGUGCUUACAUCAUCACAACAAUCAUGGCCGACCUGGGCUGGAUUUUGAUCCAGUUCUGUAUCCUUUUCUUCAGAUUUCCAAAAUCAAAGAAAGUCAGACCGCUGAUUUUUGUGGUGGUCGCUUUAACGCUACCUUCUGCAGCUCUGGGCGAUAGGACGGCGUAUGUCGAGGUCUCAGUGGGCAGAAAUUCAGCGGAGAAAGACGGACAGAGUGCAGAUCCAGUCCAGGUCAAGGGGGAAUUCGCCGGCAUCGGAGCUGUCAAAAACGCUGAGGGAGAUUUACACGAGGUCCCUCCCUGUGAUGAAGAUGAGGAUGAGGAUGAGCUGAUGUCCUCGUGGGGGCGUGGCUGGAUAGGGACUCUCCAUGUGGAGGAGAACCUGACUUCUCAGUGUGGGGGAGGGGCAACCCUUGUGGACAGGGUGAAGAAGGCCAUGUUGCUGGGUGCCUCUGCAAUCCUGAUCCUGGCUUUUAACCCACAACUAGUGAAGGAGCUGGACAUCUCCCAGUUGUUUACCCAUCCUGUAGUAAUACUCCGAGGUGCAGAAAACAUCACCAAAGUCCUGACAGCUCUUACUGGUGGAGGAAAAGUCAGAGCAAAGGUGGUGCACGAGAAAGCCUUCCAUGAAGCCAUGACAGCGCUCCAGAGACUGGCAUCUGAUGCCCUGUCCAGAAUGCGGGUGAAAAGAUACAAACACUUCCACAGAAGGAGGCAUGAUGGGGAGAAGGAGAAGGAUGCGUGUGCCGUCUGUCUGGACCACUUUUACCCAGGACAGGCUGUGAGAGUUCUACCAUGUUGCCAUGAAUUUCAUCGGAAGUGUGUAGAUUCCUGGCUCAUUAAAAAGCGGACCUGUCCUUUGUGUACUUUUAAUAUAUUAGAUAAACAGGAAGGCUCCUGCCUACUGGAAAACUGAUACCAUAUCGUCUUAGGAACCUCAGCAAUGUCUCUUUUGUUUUUUCAAAUUUGAUGUAGGGAUAGUGUGGAUGCUAAGGUCAUACAAGAUUAAAUGUUUCCAAACCAGGACCUGGCCAGGAUGUUUGUGGGAUUGAAAAAUGAAAGUGUAUAUCAAGAAAUACACACAAAUUAUGCUCAUGACUAAUCCUUUUUAUGUUUUGAGUGUUUUGUUGCAUUUUAUGUAACAUUAUACUCUUCAUUCCCACAAUUGCAGCCUGACUGGUCAGAUGCUGAUGUUUGAAGUAUGACCCUGGCUGUUGUUACGAAGAAUGAUCUUUGAAGUACUAAUUACAACUUGAAUGUAAGUUCAUCUGUGACGGUACAAUGUAGUUAACAUAAUGAUACAAUC